AUCGGAACUUGACAACCCCGGGAAAACCUAAACAGUGAAGCUGACUAGUUUGCCUAGUUUAAAGGAUGAUUUUUCUUUAAAAAAUUAAAGAUGUAUUUGAGAUCAAGGGUUUCAGCAUGACAGAAAAUUUUAUUAAAGAUUACAUCAGUGAAGAUGAUCUACUGAUUUUCGAAGAAAAAUACAACACAGAACUAAAAAAUGGGCGUGUUUCCCCUGAAACUCAAUUUGAAUAUGCAUGGUGUCUAAUCAGAACUCAAUAUAAGGAUGAUAUUCAAAAAGGAGUGCUCCUGCUAGAAGGUUUAUGUGCCAGCAAUGUUGAUCAGCGUGAUUAUCUUUUCUUUAUUUCAACUGGAUAUUACAAGUUGGCAGAAUAUAGCAAAGCACUGAAGUAUGUGAAACGACUGUUGAUAAUAGAACCAAGCAACCAUCAAGCGAAAGAUUUAGAAAAUUCAAUAGAGAAAAAAAUGAAGUCGGAUGGUAUUUUGGGAAUGGCUAUGGUUGGUGGUGCAGCCUUAGUUGCUGCAUUAGUUGGCGCCGCUUUCGUCAAACGUGGUGGAAGUUGAAUUUUUCAAAGAACGUUAUAGCAAAUUCGGAUUAUCAAUAUUUUUAGAAAAAGAAAUUCGAAUUUCCUAUAGAAAGUGUUUAUGUUUUGCAAUAUAGAAUGUUUUAUAUUAUUAUGGAGGAAAUGAAUAAGCCCACUCAUUUUAUUUUUGUUCUGCGUUCUACACGCUUCAUUCAAAUAAAUUGUCCUUUUUUUUAUUUCGCUACAGAUGCACUAAAGGGUGUUGCAAUCGCCGGAGGUGCACUUCUUGGUGGCUUUAUCGGUGUCGUCGGAACGGCUGCUUAUCUUGGUUAUAAAUUUGUAAAAAGAAAUUAAUUGUUCAUAAUAAAUACAUUUCUUGUUAUUUUU